CCUAUUGGCUACGUAAGAUGUCCGUCUGCGUUCUUUCACACCAGAUGAACUUCGGCGAAGCCGAUCUUCAACGACGGUGCUGCUCGAUGAGCGAUAUUGGAAACUGAUCAAAGCUGGCAUGGCACCCACAACGGAGUCGAGGCUGAAUGUGGAGGCUCUGAGUAAGAGAGAUGUGCUGCUGCUCUUCAGUGUUCUUGAGGGAGAGCUGGAGGCCAGAGACUUUGUCAUACAGGCACUCAAGGCCCAGCGUAGAGAUUCCUACAUGUUGGAGCGAUAUGGCAAGUACAACCUGAGCGACCCGUUCCUAGCUCUGCAGAGAGACAGUGAGGUCCUCCAGAGCACCGGCCAGACCAGGGGAGACGGAGGAAGUUCUUCCCAGAGACGAGAGGGGGUCUGUGGGGCCACAGCUCGCUCUGAUCCUUUGGCGGUGCUGAAGCUGGUGGUUGGACACUGCAGAAGGAUGCAGGAGAAGAUGCUGAAACAGCUGGCAGCUGCUGAGAACAGACACAGGAGGGUCAUUGCUGAUCUGGAGGAGGAGAAGAGGAAGCAUGCUGAGGAUACUGCAGAAGGAGAUGAUGUCACGUACAUUCUGGAGAAGGAGAGAGAGCGCCUCCUGCAGCAGUUGGAGUUUGAGAAGGCAAAGACAUCCCGAAUGGAGAGGGAGAACAAACGACUGCACGAUCAGUUAGAAGACCAACGCGUCCAGCAUAAACAGCUCAUGACGGCGCUAAGCCGUGAAUGCAAACGCUCCGGCAUGCGCGCCCACGAGGAGUCCCAGCGUGCCAGCGAACUCAGCCAUCGCCUCGAUCAGGAGCGAGCGGCCAAUCAGGCUCUGAGGGCGGAGCUCGAGGAGGAAAAGAAGCGGGCCAUGCAAAUGGAGGCGAGACGAGAAGAGCUCCUGGCCGAGUUUGACACUGAACGAGAGCAGCUUGGGCUGAGAUUACGAAAGGAGGAAGCGCGUUGUAGAGCGCUACAAGAAGAACUAGAGAACCUAGGGAGCGAGACGAACAAUGCGGAGGAGAAAUCAAACAUGAACGGACACCACGUUCCUCUGGAGGAAGAUGAGAAUGUUGAAAAACAAGGCAUGUUAACUAAUGGGAGCUCUACAACCAGUCAAGCUCACAGCCCUACAAACAGCAAUCAAUCAUCUGACAUGCCCAGUAUACAAGCUGCGUACCAGGCUGGCAUCAACCAGCGCUUCCACGCGGCCCGUCACAAGUUCCAAGGCACCUUUGAGCCAGAUUCCCAGUCCAUCUCUUCCCCUCCGAAUGGUCCAUGUGACCUCUCACCCUCACACCCAGACAGCAUUUCUUCUAAACAAGCGGCCCGCAGCACUGUCACACAAGCCCUGAAUCGCUUCAGCACUCCGCAAAGUCCUAGCAAACCAACAUCUCCCAACAGUUCCCCGUUCGGCACAGAUUACCGCACAUUGGCCCAGUCUGGGAUGUUGUCUCCCACCAUCAGAUCUCCAACUAUUCCUAGAGUGGACAGAGGAAACCCACCUCCGAUCCCACCCAAGAAACCAGGCCUCGCCGACACGCCGCCUUCUCCAGCCACGCUCCGAGCCGCUCGCCUGGCUCAAAUGACGGCCGGUUGUGGACGCAGCAGCAACUCAGAGAACGGCAAAGAACCAGAUCUGGUGCUGUCGUCUAGCGGCUAACCAGCACAAAUAAUGAACUUGAUCGUGUCAAACACUGUUGAUUUUUUUCUAAAGGACAUUUCAGGUUUUUAAAAACAUUUUAGAAGAUUUGAAACAUGUAUUUUCUAGGUAAUUAAGUUGGCUUGAGAAAGCCAACUUCCCGAAAUGCAAUUUAAACUUCUUCUUCUUCUUCUUCUUCUUCUGAGACUAAACCGUUGAUUGUAACUCCUCCUAGAGCUUUAACUCUACAAACUCUAAACUCAGCCCAGAUCUUUAGACUGAGCUGAAGUUAGUUGCUAAUCUUUUCCUUUAAUCUUAUGGUUUUCCUAAAGAUGGUGAUUAAAACUGGGAAAAAUCCCAUAGACUUACAUUGAUAGAAUGUUCAAAUGAGCCAAGACUAUUCAGACUCCUACAGUCAAAACUCCCAGAAUCCCUUAAGACUAAAUAAAGUUUCCCUUCCCUGUACUAUAUUUCUAAGCCAUUCAAACUCAUCUAUCAAUCACGCUAGAAAUAUGUUGAUCAUGCUAACAACAUGCUAGCAACAUGCUAAUAAAACACUAAUAUGUUAGAAUCAUGUUAGCAACAUGGUAGUAACUUGCUAAUCAUGUUAUUAUCAUGUUAGAAACAUGCUAACAACAUGCUAAGCAUGCUAUAAUCAUAAUAGCAACAUACUAGUAACUUGGUAAUCAUCCUAGAAACAUGCUAACAACAUGCUAAUCAUGAUAGAAACAUGGUAGCGGCAUGCUAAUAAUGUUAAAAACAUAGUAGCAACAUGCUAGUAACUUGCUAAUCAUGUUAGAAACAUGAUAAUCAUGGUAAAACAUGUUAACAUCAUGGUAAUCAUGCUAAAUGUUAAAACAUGCAAGUGACAUGUUAAUCAUGUUAGAAACAUGCUAGCAACAUGCUAGUAACUUGCUAAUCAUGCUAGAAACAUGGUGGCAACAUGGUAGCAACAUGCUAAUCAUGUUAAAAACAUGCUAGUAACUUGCUAUUCAUGUUAUAAACAUGCUAUUAACAUACUAAUCAUGAUAGAAACAUGGUAGCGGCAUGCUAAUAAUGUUAAAAACAUAGUAGCAACAUGCUAGUAACUUGCUAAUCAUGUUAGAAACAUGAUAAUCAUGGUAAAACAUGUUAACAUCAUGGUAAUCAUGCUAAACAUUAAAACAUGCAAAUGACAUGUUAAUCAUGUUAGAAACUUGCUAGCAGCAUGCUAGUAACUUGCUAAUCAUGUUAGAAACAUGAUAAUCAUGGUAAAACAUGUUAACAUCAUGGUAAUCAUGCUAAAUGUUAAAACAUGCAAGUGACAUGUUAAUCAUGUUAGAAACAUGCUAGCAACAUGCUAGUAACUUGCUAAUCAUGCUAGAAACAUGGUGGCAACAUGGUAGCAACAUGCUAAUCAUGUUAAAAACAUGGUAGCAACAUGCUAUUAACUUGCUUGUCAUGUUAUAAACAUGCUACCAACAUGUUCAUCAUGGUAAAACAUGUUAACAUCAUGGUAAUCAUGCUAAACAUGUUAAAACAUUCAAGUGACAUGUUAAUCAUGUUAGAAACAUGUUAGCAACAUGCUAGUUACUUGCUAAUCAUGCUAGAAACAUGCUAGUAACUUGCUAAUCAUGCUAGAACAUGCUAACAACAUGCUGAUCAUGCUAGAAACAUACUAACAAAAUGCUAAUCAUGCUAGAAACAUGUUAACAACGUGACAGUAACUUGCUAAACAUGCUAGCAACAUGCUAGUAACAUGUUAAUCAUGCUAACAACCUAUCAUCCAUCUCUAAUAUUUCAAAUCUAUCUCUUUAAAACUACUUUAAACUUCAAACUACUUCAGACAUAUCUUAUCUAACUUCAUGUUUUAGUUUUCUCAAGCCAACUUCAAAGUUUGUUUUGACAACCUUUUUUUAAUCUAGUUUGCAAUGUUACAGUCAGAUGCAUGAUGAUUGUGUGCAUGAAUACAUUAUAUCACCUGUUUAUCACUGACAAUCACCAGCUUCUAUAAAUAGUUUUAUAUAUUGUUAUUUUGAUAAAUAUUUAUAUAAAUACUACCGUUCAAAAGUUUGGGGUCAGUACAUUUUUUUUUACAUUUAAAAAACAGUAACAACAAAUGUUUUAAACUGAUAAUUAUAAGAAAUGUUGCUUGAUUAAAUCAGCAUAUUAGAAUGAUUUCAGAAGGAUCGUGUAA